GUCAAAUUCAAUCAAGUUGUAGAUGGUCGGUCAUUCCAGUUGUACUUCGCAAUUUUGAUUUCAUGUUUUUUUAAUUAUCGCUUUUGCAAUUGUAAUUAAGGCAAAAACUAUUCAAUCACAAAGAUUUUAAAAGGAAUUUCUAUUGUUUUGCCAAAAAUAAAGUAAAAUCAUACUAUAUUGUUUAAAAUUGUACUCAGUUUGUUUUAGACCAGAGCAACAAUAACAACAGAAAAUUGAAAAAAUGGCCGCUGAACAAUUGCGUUUUGAUGGACGUGUAGCUAUUGUGACUGGUGCCGGUGCGGGUUUGGGUCGUGAAUAUGCUUUACUUUUGGCUUCCCGUGGUGCCAAGGUAGUGGUAAAUGACUUGGGUGGUGCCCAUAAUGGUGAGGGUGCCUCCACACGUGCAGCCGAUUUGGUGGUUAAUGAAAUUAAAGCCAAAGGUGGUGAGGCCGUAGCUAAUUACAACUCCGUAGUAGAUGGUGAUAAAGUUGUAGAAACCGCCAUUCAAUAUUAUGGUCGUGUAGAUAUUAUCAUCAAUAAUGCUGGCAUUUUACGUGAUCGUAGUAUUUUAAAGACUUCAGAACAAGAUUGGAAUUUGGUUAAUGAUGUCCAUUUGAAGGGUAGUUUUAAGGUUACCCAAGCAGCUUGGCCUCAUAUGAAGAAACAGAAUUAUGGUCGUAUUAUUAUGACUUCAUCAAAUUCCGGUAUUUAUGGUAAUUUUGGUCAAGCCAAUUACUCGGCUGCCAAAAUGGGUUUAGUGGGUUUGGCCAAUACCGUAGCCAUUGAAGGCGCCAAAAAUAAUAUACACUGCAAUGUUAUUGUACCCACUGCAGCCAGUCGCAUGACUGAGGGAAUUUUACCCGAUAUAUUGUUCAAUGAAUUGAAGCCACAAUUGAUUGCUCCCGUAGUGGCCUAUUUGUGUCAUGAAUCUUGUGAAGAUACAGGCUCCUAUAUUGAAAGUGCUGCUGGUUGGGCUACCAAGGUCCACAUGGUACGCGGUAAAGGUUGCGUUUUGCGUACCUCUAUUGAACAGGACACAAUUACACCUGAAUAUGUCAAGAAUGUUUGGUCUAAAGUCACUGAUAUGAGGGAUGCCAAACAUUUGAAUGCCAUUGGUGAAGCCUCUGGCACUUUGUUAGAAGUUUUGGAAAAUCUUAAAGAAGGUAAAAUUGGCGGUAUUGAGGAUACUUUCAAUUUUGCUUCAAAGGAUUUGAUUUUGUAUGCUUUGGGUAUUGGCGCUACUGUCAAGAAUCCCAGUGACUUGAAAUUCUUGUAUGAAAAUGAUCCUGAUUUCACAGCCAUUCCCUCAUUCUUUGUUAUGCCUGGUCUUCUGCUUAGCAUGACCACUAAUUUGGUUUCCAGUGCUUUGCCUGAUGGUAAAGCUGAUUUGACUAACAUUUUGCAUGGUGAACAAUAUUUGGAAAUUUGCGAUGAUAUACCCACCAGUGGUAAAUUGAAUACCAAUGGCAAGGUGUUUGAUGUUAUGGAUAAGGGUUCUGGAGCUGUUGUAGUAACUAGCUGUGAUUCUUAUGACGAAAAUGGCCGUUUGUUGGUGAAGAAUCAAAGCUCCAUAUUUGUGGUGGGUGCCGGUAAAUUUGGUGGUAAGAAGAAUCCCAAGGAGGGUGUAGUACCAACUGUGCCCAAUCCUAGCCGCAAACCUGAUGCCUCUGUGCAAUAUAAAACCUCAGAAGAUCAAGCUGCUCUUUAUCGUUUGUCUGGUGACUUAAACCCUCUACACAUUGAUCCCAACUUUGCGGCUAUUGCUGGUUUCAAGACUCCCAUUUUACAUGGUCUCUGCUCUUUGGGUUUCUCAGUGCGCGCUGUUUUAGCUAAAUAUGCCAACAAUAAUUCAGCACUCUUUAAGGCCGUAAAAGUACGUUUUGCCGCUCCCGUAUUGCCGGGACAAACAUUGAAGGUCGAUAUGUGGAAGGAAGGUAAACGUAUUCAUUUCAAAACCAGCAUUGUAGAGACUGCUAAGGAUGUUAUAACUGGCGCCUAUGUUGAUCUUAAAGAUACUUCAGCUAAAUUGUAAAUAAUUUGAUCUAUCCCUGUAUUCUAUACUUUGCUUUCAAUUAGGGAUUUUAUUUGUUUAGAUCGUUGGUUUUAGACUGGUUUAUUUUUUUACUUCAAUUCGAAAAUUAUUAUUAAAAAUAAUAAAUAAAAUGUUAAAUACUUUUAAAAGAUAA